UGUGGGGCGGGGGUCCCGCUCUGAUCCCCAUCCCGGCCCCGAGCCUGGACCCGGUCUUAGUCCUGGUCCUGCUCGCGAUCCCCGUCUUGCUCGAUCCCAGUCCUAGCCCCGAUCCCAGUUCCGGUCCUAGUGCUGGUCCCGGGCGUGUUUCCCGUCCCGCUGGUCGCUCGCCCCCUUCACCCCCGUACAGCUGAGGGCGGCGGGCGAGCCCCUGGGUGGGCUGGUGCUCCUCUGCCCCCCAAAAACACCCAAGGGAGCAUCCAGGGCUGGAUCGUGGGGAUUAGUGACCCUCUGAGGGCCGCCUGUGCGGUCAGUGGUGCCCCCCGAGAGCUUAAAGGGGGAGAUAAAUGGGGCAGGAGAUCUUUCUCCUUUUCAAUGCCUUUAUUAGAAAGAAUCAGCUCAGUUGGGGAGCAGCCGACGGAUCGCGCCCACGCCGCCGGUGCUCCCGGGAAUGGCACGGAGGAGGAGGAGGAUGAUAUAGCUUUGUCCGCUGGUCUGCAGGCAGAGCUGGGGAUUCCUCACGAGAGAUUAGGAAAUUCCCCUUUUUCGGCCGAACAUUCCAGGUCCUCUUUCUAGUUAAGACCUUUAGGUUAGGGUGAGAAGUAAAAGGAUCUUAGUAGAUACUGGAUUAAGUUCCUCAUCCUUAGAUGUCACUUAGGUCUCUUAAUUCCAUGCUGGCUCGUUGUUUUUAGGGUUUUUUUCCCUGAAACUUACAGGUGAAAUGCAUUCUCAUCUGCAUACUAACUCUGGUGUCACUCCCCUUCCCCUGCUGCCUGCGGGGUCUGGUAUCACCCCUGGCAAGCAUUAGAGGGGAGGAUGGCUAAUCACCAACAAUUAACAGGUAAUUGAAGAUGAACUCUUAAUAGGUGGCUGCAACAUGCAGGUAACCUUCAACUUAACAGCAAUUGGUUCAACUUCUUUUAACUUUGCAACCUUAAAAAAAAUUGAUAACUUUUUUAUUCAUAACAGGGUGGGGACGCUGGCCGUGGUCCCCGCUCAUGAGGGGUGCAGAGGUUUGAGGUGUCCCAAGGCAGAGAGAAGCCAGGCCGGUGGCACGGCUCUGGGCGGCGGUGAUGUGCUCGCGUCUCGCUUUGUUCUGCCCUGAUCAAAGCCACGCAGAUGGAUUUGUUCCGGUGACUUUCCGUUGUGUUGAGGGUCAGACAAACCUUUGACAGGAUGCUGGGAUUCCUGAAGGAGCCCGUUGUGGUCACUGCAAGGAUCAAUGUGAGCCUUGUGGCACUGACUGUGAUGGGAUUGAUCAGUCGUCUCUGGGGGCUUUGCUACCCACGGGCUGUGGUUUUCGAUGAAGUUUAUUAUGGCCAAUUUGUUUCACUCUACAUGAAGAGGAUCUUCUUUGUGGAUGACAGUGGCCCACCCUUUGGCCACAUGCUGCUGGCCUUGGGAGGUUACUUAGGAGGAUUUGAUGGAAACUUUCUGUGGAACAGGAUUGGAGCUGAAUACAGCAUGAAUGUUCCUGUGUGGUCCCUGCGACUCCUGCCAGCCCUGGCUGGUGCUCUCUGUGUGCCUUUAGCCUACCAGAUUUUGGUUGAACUGCACUUCUCCCACUGUGCUGCACUUGGAGCUGCUCUUCUGAUUCUCUUGGAGAACUCUCUGAUCACUCAAUCAAGGUUCAUGCUUCUGGAAUCAAUACUGAUUUUUUUUAUCCUGCUUGCAGUUUUGUCCUACCUGAAGUUCUACAAUUUGCAAAAGCACAGUGCCUUCUCUGGAAGCUGGUGGUUUUGGCUCUUGCUGACUGGAGUAGCCUGUUCUUGUGCAGUUGGAGUGAAAUAUAUGGGCCUGUUUACCUAUAUGCUGCUCUUGGCUGCUGCAGGACUCCACUUCUGGCACAUGAUAGGAGACCAGACCUUGUCAAACGUUUCCUUGCUGUGCCAUUUUCUAGCCCGGGCUCUGGCCCUCAUCAUCAUCCCCAUGGGGCUGUACCUCUCCUUCUUCUACGUUCACUUGGCUUUGCUCUAUCGCUCUGGGCCUCAUGACCAGAUCAUGACAAGUGCUUUCCAAGCCAGCCUAGAGGGUGGGCUGGCUCGGAUCACUCAGGGUCAGCCCUUAGAGGUGGCCUAUGGCUCUCAGAUCACCCUGAGGAACGUGCUGGGCAAGCCCAUGCAGUGCUGGCUCCACUCUCACACCAACACUUACCCCAUCAGGUAUGAGAAUGGCCGAGGGAGUUCCCAUCAGCAGCAGGUGACCUGCUAUCCCUUCAAGGAUGUGAACAACUGGUGGAUUGUCAAAGAUCCUGGAAUGCAGCAGCUGGUGGUGAGUAACCCCCCACGGCCCGUCAGGCACGGCCACAUCGUGCAGCUGGUCCAUGGCAUCACAACUCGCUACCUCAACACGCAUGAUGUUGCUGCUCCUCUUAGCCCCCACUCCCAAGAAGUUUCCUGCUAUAUUGAUUAUAACAUCUCCAUGCCAGCACAGAACCUCUGGAGAGUGGAAAUUGUAAAUCGUGAGUCUGACACGGAUGUGUGGAAGACAAUUCUGUCAGAAGUGAGGUUUGUUCACGUGAACACCUCUGCAGUGCUAAAGCUCAGUGGAGCAUCUCUGCCUGAGUGGGGAUACCGGCAGCUGGAGGUGGUUGGAGAGAAGCUGUCCAAAGGCUACCACCAGAGCAUGGUGUGGAAUGUGGAAGAGCACAGAUAUGGGAAAAGCCAAGAGCAAAAAGAGAGGGAAGUGGAACUCCACUCUCCCACACAGAUGGACAUCAGUAAAAACCUCAGCUUCAUGGCAAAGUUCACAGAAUUGCAGUGGAAAAUACUUACAUUAAAAAAUGAAGACACAGAACAUAAAUACAGCUCCUCUGCCCUGGACUGGAUCACAAUGGACACCAAUAUUGCCUACUGGCUCCACCCCACCUCGGGGGCCCAGAUCCACCUCCUUGGGAAUGUUGCCACCUGGGUUUCAGCUAAUGCUGCUGCUCUGCUUUACCUGUGUCUGUCCCUGUGGUACUUGCUGCGGCGAAGGAGGAAGAUCUACGACAUCCCUGAAGAUGCCUGGCAGCUCUGGAUGUCAGCGGGAGGCAUUUGUGGUGGAGGCUGGGCUGUGAAUUACCUGCCCUUCUUCCUGAUGGAGAAAACACUUUUCCUGUACCACUACCUGCCUGCUGUCACAUUCCAGAUUCUCCUGAUUCCUGUGGUACUGCAGCAUCUCAGCGAUCAUCUCUGCAGAUCUGUGCUGCUCAAGAGCAUGUUCAGUGCCCUGGUUGCAGGCUGGUUCUCCUCGGUGUACUUUGUGUACUGCACCUUCAGCCCCGUGACCUACGGGCAGCCUGCACUGUCCCUCCCUGAGCUCAAGGCCCUGCGCUGGAAGGACACCUGGAACAUCCUGAUCAGAAAGCAGUGACCACUCCAGCCUGGUACAGCAAAGGGAAACACCUCUUGUGCAAAGCCAAGGAUUUAUUGUUAGAAUCAUGGAAAUCUUAACAGUCACUUCAGGUAUUUUGUAGUAGUCCAGGUCUAAUGGUUACAGGAGAAAAUAAAGGAACGCUGUUACAGAAAAGGACUCAACAGUAAUACAGCUGUUGUGAGCACAGCUCCCAGUUUCUGCCCCUCUUGCAUUCACCCCUCACUGCCCCUCAGGGUGUGAAGGCUGCUGACUUCAGUCAACAGCAUCCCAACUCCUUUGCUGGGAAGAGCUGCAACAAUUUCUUCUCUUUCCUGGAAAUACAGUGGUGGUUUCUUCCUUCUGGCACUCCACUGCACUUAGGGCUAUUUCAUGUGUUUCCUAUCACUGUGGUCUACAAUCCCAUUAUAGACUUACUAAAAAUGGACUCUCACCAACACAUCAGAUACUUUUUUUCUGUUUUCUUUGUUAUGCCUGAAACCCAGGUUUUCCCUUUCUAAAGCUUGCUCAUCUUUAACAAUCAGUAACUGGCCCUGCGGCCUUACAGCAUCAUUCCAUGACUCUGUUCCUCAACAAUGCAUUAUUUGCCCCCAACUUCCAAUGCUCUGCUAUCAUUUCUAUUUCUGUAAAUACAGCAUUAAGCUACAUUUAUAAAUAGUUCAUUCUGCAUAGAAUAAUGACUUGUUACUAUUAUCUAUUUAUAAUCAUCUGACAUAAGCAUCACUUUUAAGAAGAUAAGCAAAAUAAAAAGAUAUUAAAAGUUGCUGUUACAGCUAAAGAAGGCUUCAGGCAAGCCAGGAACUGAGCCAAAGCCAGAAUAAUCCUUUGGCCAUGUGGCACUAAUGUGAAGCCUGAGGCCUGCUACCAGCAGUGGCAGUAUUGCCAUUACACCUCACAUCCCAUGGGAAAAGAACUCUGGGCAGGAUAGGACUGAUCCUGCUGACAGGGAAACCUGCUCCAGCUUGUGCACAUGGGUUCAGGGUGAAAACACUGAAACCAGCCCAUGGCCUGGCCUGCACCAGCAGAGAAGGCAGAGGUAAAGCACUGGGGACUCAGUGGGGAGUUUGUGAUGGCUCUGUCCAGGUGUCUGGGCAGGGCUGUAGUACCUGGGCCACAUUCCAUUGCUGUAUCUCCACGUGGCUGCAGCAGCAGGUCCUGCAGGGCAGCACAAAGCUGCCAGAGCAGCAUUCCCUCACCCCAGGGGCUGUGCAGUUCCUCACUGCUCUAAACAAUUCUAUUCAAGGCUCCCCCACCCCCUGAGGAAGGUAUGAUCCAACACCACAGUCAUUCAAAGUAGGUUUUAGUGACUAUUUUGCUCCUGCUGGAAUCAGCCCUGAGAGCUAAUGCUUCAGUGCAGUAGCUCAUGCUCUAAGUCUGUCACCCUGAGCUAGAGAGCACCCAGCAGCAGUCAGGAAAUGCUCUGCCUUCUCCUGGGCACUGCAGAAGUACCAGAGACACCAAGCCUUCACCCCCUUCCAAGGCUGAAAAGACUACAGGGAUGGAAGUGCAGACUGCAUUUCUUAAGUUUGGGGUUUUUUUUUCUCUAAAUUUUCAGCCACAACAAAACCAAAGGUAACAAUUCUGAGUUAAGGAAAGAACUGAGUAUAAGAGGCCCUCCAGCAGUGUUCCUUUCUGUGCCUUUUUGCUGGCAUAGUGAAUGUACCAAAAUUACCUUUUAUAAAAAUGGUCAUUUCUGAUCACUUUUAAUUUAUUUAUUAGCCAAAGUAACACACCCACAACCAACACAGCCAAGCCCUGCUUUUAGAAAA